AUGAAGAAGCAGGAAGUGGAAGUUGUAUGACAGAAGUACCAAAGGUAAGUCUGUCGAUAGAGGUCGUUGCUGUGCUGGGCUCUUUCUGAAAAUUUCGUCUCGAAAAAGGACUCAUUUACACCAAUCACAAUCACCAUGACUUCGCGCAGAGCAUUGCAUUUUGUUUUUAAAGUUGGCGACCGUAAUUUAACAGCAAAGUUUUAUCGUGACAUUUUAGGAAUGAAGUUCCUGAGACAUGAAGAGUUUGAAGAAGGAUGUAAAGCAAGUUGCAAUGGACCUUAUGAUGGCAAAUGGAGUAAAUCCAUGGUAGGCUAUGGAGCAGAGGACGACCAUUUUGUUGUGGAGUUGACUUACAAUUACGGCUUGGGAAGCUACAAGCUUGGAACCGAUUUUAGAGGUUUAACAGUACACAGUAAACAAGCCAUAGAAAAUGUGAAAGCUGGGAAGUGGCCAGCGACAGAGGAAGGUGGUGUUUACACAGUGGAAGCACCUGGUGGUUACAGAUAUGUCCUGCAUCCGGAAAACUCGGCUGGAGAUCCUGUCAAGAUGGUGUCUUUGGCUUGCUCAGAUCUCAAAAGAUCCAUAGCAUACUGGAAUGGUCUUCUUGGGAUGAAAAUUUAUGAUCAAAAGGAAAACUCAGUCACAUUGGGGUAUUCAGACUCACAGUGCAAAUUAGAGCUGUUUGACAUCAAAGGGCCUGUGGACCAUGCCAAAGCGUUUGGAAGAAUCGCCUUUGCUUGCCCGAGAGAAGAGCUUCCCAGUAUUGAGAAGGCUAUGAAAGAGAGUGGGAACACAAUCAUUAUGCCUCUAGUCAGUUUAGAUACCCCUGGGAAAGCUACUGUGGAAGUGGUCAUUCUAGCAGAUCCGGAUGGCCAUGAGAUAUGUUUUGUUGGGGAUGAAGCAUUCCGUGAGCUCAGUCAGGUGGAUCCUGCUGCUGAUGAACUCUUAGAUAAGGCCCUUGCAGCUGAUAAAAGUGACGAAUGGUUUGCCCAAAAAGGACAGGCUAAACAGGAGGCAUAGAGGCUUUUCAUAAUAAAGACUGAUUUGCGAUCUACUAGUCAUGGAACUACAGUGUUACAGGAAAGCAUUCAAGGAUAAUCAAAAUACUGGCACCUUAUCAUAGGGCCCAUGAUGUAAUACUUGUGGUGUUGAUGCAUUCAUGCUCAGUUCUGAAAUGGUAGUGACACAGUUCUGUUGGGAGGGGGACCAGCAAGCAGAUUUCUCAAUGGUGUUGGUGGUGCUGGGUUGUUAUUUCAAUUCAUUUUAUUGACAAGGCAAUGGUAAUUAAGAUGUGAUGAUCUCUUGGCCAGACUAAUGUAUAUCAAUAAACAAAAUAUGAUCACAA